CAUAUUUUUUAUUGGAAUCGAACGCGUCGCGAACGGACAAUUGCUCCUCCUCCGCCUCCUUUGCCCACCCACAUUACGAAAAAUGUUAAUUAAUCCGAGAAACUGAUAUGUGCGAAGAAAAGGAAACGCGAAAAAGCAACGCCUAUUUAAUCAGCGAGCAACCGAGAACAAGCAUAAAAGACGACGGCAUGUGCAGACAAGUCUCUGACUCAACGACAAUAGCAACAAAAACAACAAAGAGAAUUUUUAGUUUUGGAUUUUUAUCAACAGCAGCAGCAGACUGAAAAGCAAAUUAAAGAAGAAUCUAGAUAGACCGCAGACAAAUGCAAACCGAUUGAAUUCCCUACGAGAUUUAAACCACAUUUGAAGCAACGCCUCGAACCACCCCCACCCUAUUCAAAGACACACACACUCAAACACACAUAGCACACACAGACAAUGUCACAUUUACCCGCCCCACUGUAUGGCUUCGCAUGGAUUUUUAUGAUUUUCUGGUUUGGCACUUGGAUGGUCCAUCUGAUAGCAAUUUGCUAUGGGAAAUUUAAGCUGCAUAAGAAAUCAUGCAAGCUUCCAACAGAAUCGUCACCACUGCCGGGUGUAUCCAUACUGAAACCGCUAAUGGGCGUGGAUCCCAAUUUGCAGCAUAAUCUGGAGACAUUCUUUACCAUGGAUUACCCAUUGUAUGAGCUACUGUUUUGUGUGGAGGAUAAAGAGGAUCCAGCUAUUAAGUUAGUUGAAGGAUUACUCGAGAAAUAUCCACGAAUGGAUGCCAAACUCUUUGUCGGCGGCUCGAAUGUGGGCGUGAAUCCUAAAAUCAAUAAUAUACAUCCUGCCUAUAUCGCGGCGAAAUAUGAAUUUUUCAUGAUCUCCGACAGUGGGAUCAAAAUGAAAAACGACACGCUCCUGGACAUGGUGCAAAAUAUGUCGGAGAAACAUGCUCUGGUCCAUCAAAUGCCAUUUACCUGUGACCGAGAUGGUUUUGCGGCCACUUUUGAGAAAGUGUUCUUUGGCACAGUACAGAGUAGAAUCUAUCUAAGUGCCGAUGUUCUUGGGAUCAAUUGCCACACGGGCAUGUCCUGUCUGUUGAGGAAAUCUGUGAUAGAUCAACUAGGAGGCCUCAAAACGUUUGGCUGCUAUUUGGCCGAAGAUUUCUUCAUUGCUAAAGGAAUCACAGAUCUUGGAUGGAAAAUGCGCAUCUCGAAUCAGCCAGCACUGCAAAACAGUGGACUCUGUGACAUUGGCAGUUUUCAGCAACGUCUUAUCCGUUGGGCCAAGCUAAGAGUGGCCAUGGUACCUACUACCAUAUUACUGGAACCCCUUUCCGAAUGCAUGAUCUUGGGCGCACUGGCUGCCUGGUCUGCCUCUCUAUUGUUCAGUUGGGAUCCAUUGGUAUUCUUUCUGGUGCAUAUACUCUGCUGGUUUCUAUCAGAUUGGCUGCUACUUUCCAUUGUCCAGCAUGGCUCGAUGCCAUUCCAUAAAUUUGAAUUUGUUAUUGGUUGGCUCUUUCGCGAGCUAACUGGUCCUUAUUUAUUUCUAUGUGCUCUAUGGAAUCCAUCGAUACGUUGGCGUACCCGCACCUUUAAAUUACAUUGGGGCGGCAUUGCCUAUGAGCUGAACCCACAAAUGGGACAGACUGCUGCUACACCCUCGUCAUCGUUGUCAUCGCUAUUGGUGACGCAAAUGCAACCAGCACCCACGUUAUCCGAGGAAAUUUUGGCCAAUGACUUAACGACAACUACGUCAAAGCAUCGCUUACUUGUAUCGUAGCAGCAACUAGUUGUAGUUGUAGUUAAAUUGCUUCUAGUUUUUUGUACUUGUAACUCAUCAGACUUGAAAGAACUUGGAGAGCAACUAAAUAAGAAAUAUGGGGAAAAUGUGUUAGUAUUAUUAGCUAAAACCCUUAGUCACUAUAUAGAAAACUAUGUACAUUAUUUUAGGCUUAUAAAAGAUUGUAAAUUUCAUUAGGCUACACAACAUGUAUAACACACACAAACACACACUCCCAGCCAGACAGCGAUAUAUGAGAAGCAAAUAGUUUAAGUAGCUUGUAAAUAACCAAUAGAAAAAAGAAAAAACCUAAUAGUUUGAACGCAUAUCUUCAUACAAAACUUAUUCGAAAGAAAACUAAAGUAAUUUUCGACGACACCUAAUUGUACAUUUAUGCAAUUAAUUAAACUAUUUUAAGAUUAAGUAGUCUAAAAGAAAUUCUUUGCAAAGUUGUUAAAUCUGUUGAGCUUUGUUCGAAUUAGAUAAAACAACUAUAGAAAGAGGACUUUUCUAAGGAAAUUCUUUUGAAUUGUUUUCAUUUGUUCAGAAUAAUGAUUUUUGGCUUAAAUCCAAUUUUAUUUAACAGUUAUAACUUAAUACGCCGGGUCCUUUAUAAUUCAUAGAAUUUGAGAUUAUAUACUACUCGAAGCGUUUGAUAUAAUUUUGUUGUUUUCUUUUUUUGGCCACACUUUUGCUUUAUUUAUUGUUUUUUUGCUAAGCAUUAUUCUAAUUUUUAGUUAUACUUAUUAUUAUUUGGAAUUUUUGUAUAUAAGCUUUGAGAAAAACAGAUGAAAAGAAAAACACUGAAAUGCCAUCGAAUAAAUCCAAUUUAAAUGAUCAAGCAAAACCCUAA